AUGAAUGAUGUAUGGAAUAGCUCUGCCGAAGUGCAGGAGAAUGUAGCAGUAGAUAAGAAACCUGGAGAUGUCAGUUCUGAUGGAGCUCAAAGCCUGGUUGCGGGGAAACUACUAGCUAGAAAGGAGGCUGCAGCUAAGGACUCAAGUAAUGCUGCAAUGCAGUUAGAGGUCGAUAAGAAUAAAGCCAUUGUAGAAAGAAGUAGCCUUCAAAGUGGAAAGAUAGGAAGUUCUGCUACAGUUGAAGUAGGAAAAUCCAGUGUUAAGAAGACUAAAAAAUCGAAAAAAAGAAGUGGCGCUAAAACAACCGACACAGUGAUGAACGAUAUAGGGGAUGACUCUGCAAAAGAGAAGGAGAACAUUGCAGCGGAUAAUAAAUCUGGGAAGCUCGGUUCUGGUGGAGAGCAAAGCCCGGUUUCAGGAAAAGCAUUAGCAAGAAAGAAAGUUGCAAAGUCAGCUACAACAGGUACAAAGGUGGAUAAAGAGUCUAAGCAGCAGAGGAUUAAGCCCUUGGCUAGUAGAAAAGUCUUGCAGGACCAAGAACAUGAGCCGAAGUUUUUUAUUAACACCAAACUAAGCCCUGAUUUUCAGANUGGCUCGCCUAAGCAAAACCUUAGGGUUGUGCCAAACCUCAGUGACCACGCUGGAGGCAGGGAAGCUGCAGAUAAGUUGGAUCUGAGUGAUUCAGCAGCUAGGUUGUUCAAUUCAGGUGUUGUUCCCAUGGAAGCUGAUAUUUUGAUUCCAGAAAAUUCUACUAUGAAGGGUGCAUUGGAUGAAGUACCUGAAAGAUCUGUAACUGAGCCUCUGAUGAAGACCUCUCCUGGGUCGGGUUUAAUUGGAUUGAAAGACAAGCAAGAAACAGAGCUGCCCAAGACGAAAACAGCUCCAAAAAAGAGCCUAGGCAUCAGAGGCAGGAAAAAGAACCCCAUUAACCAAAAGGGAUCAAUAUACUUGAGCGAACCUACCCCAAAGGAUGAGCCCGAUGAUUGUCUAAACAAAGGAAAAGUUUCAGCGCCAGUAACGGCUAAUAGCAUUCAGAAGGAGUUAUCAAGCCCUGUCCUAAAAACUGAGGUUGUACCAGAAAUGGCAAAACAUAUUGUCUCAGAGACUGAAGCCUUCCAGCAAAUUGACUCUCUAGAUAAGAAAUCUUUAGUCCCAGAAGAAAAACACCAUCUUGGGUUGGAUCUGAUGGUGAACCAAGGUAAGCAGCAGGCUAAGACCCCAGAGGAAGUUGAUGUAGAUGUGGAAAUUAAGGUGCUAACACCCGAGCAUACUGAUGUUCCAGUUGAAGAUCCAAGUGGUUCGUUACAAUUAGAGGUUGGUAAGAUUAAAAGUAAACGCAAAAGGGAGGCUACUGUAUGCAAAAAUAGCCUUCAAAGUGGGAAGAAAGAAAGCUCUUCUACAGUCGAAGUAGGAAAAUCCAGUGUCAAGAAGACCAAAAAAUCUAAAAAAGAACAUGAUACAGAAGCAAUCGGUACUCUGAUGAAAGAUAUAGGGGAUAACUCUGCGGAUGACAAGGAUAACUUAGCAUUGGAACGUAAAUCUGCCAAGGUCAGUUCUGGUGGAGACCAAGGCCCAGUUGAGGGAGAAACAUUAGGAAGAAAGGAAGGUGCAACUAAAGAUCCAAGCGAUGCUGAAGUGAGAUCUGAGGUUGAUACGAAUAAAGGUAAACGCAGAAAAGAGGCCAUUGCAGAAGAAAAUAGGCUUCAAAAACCUAGUGUCAAAAAGGCGAAAAAUUCUAGAAAAGAAGAUGGCGCCAAAGCAAACAAUACUGUUAUGAAUGAUACAUGGAAUAGCUCUGCCGAAGUGCAGGAGAAUGUAGCAGUAGAUAAUAAAUCUGGAGAUGUCAGUUCUGAUGGAGCUCAAAGCCUGGUUGCGGGGAAACUACUAGCUAGAAAGGAGUCUGCAGCUAAGGACUCAAGUAAUGCUGCAAUGCAGUUAGAGGUCGAUAAGAAUAAAGCCAUUGUAGAAAGAAGUAGCCUUCAAAGUGGAAAGAUAGGAAGUUCUGCUACAGUUGAAGUAGGAAAAUCCAGCGUUAAGAAGACUAAAAAAUCGAAAAAAGGAAGUGGCGCUAAAACAACCGACACAGUGAUGAACGAUAUAGGGGAUGACUCUGCAAAAGAGAAGGAGAACAUUGCAGCGGAUAAUAAAUCUGGGAAGGUCGGUUCUGGUGGAGAGCAAAGCCCGGUUUCAGGAAAAGCAUUAGCAAGAAAGAAAGUUGCAAAGUCAGCUACAACAGGUACAAAGGUGGAUAAAGAGUCUAAGCAGCUGAGGGUUAAGCCCUUGGCUAGUAGAAAUGUCUUGCAGGACCAAGAACAUGAGCCGAAGUUUUUUAUUGUCAGUGGUCCUAGGUCCCAGAGAAACCAAUAUCAGCAGAUCAUUAGGCGUUUAAAAGGAAAAUGUUGCCGAGAUUCUCAUCAGUGGUCUUAUCAAGCAACACAUUUCAUUGCUCCUGAAAUCCGUAGGACUGAAAAGUUUUUUGCUGCUGCUGCAUCUGGAAGUUGGAUUCUGAAGACUGACUAUGUGGCUGAUUCAAAGGAAGCUGGGAAACUAUUACCAGAGGAGCCUUAUGAAUGGCACAGCACUGGUCUUAGUGCUGAUGGUGCGAUAAACCUCGAGUCCCCAAGGAAAUGGCGGCUCGUCAGGGAGCAAACAGGACAUGGUGCUUUAUAUGGAGUGCGCAUUGUUGUAUACGGUGACUGCACCAUCCCUUCUCUGGAUACAUUAAAGCGAGCUGUGAAAGCUGGGGAUGGUAUGAUCCUAGCAACCGCACCUCCUUACACGCGUUUCUUGAAUCAAAACACCGAUUUUGCGUUGAUAAGCCCCGGGAUACCGCGGGAUGACGUCUGGAUCCAAGAGUUUAUACGCCAUGAAAUCCCUUGCGUCCUCUCCGAUUACCUGGUGGAGUACGUUUGUAAACCUGGAUACGCACUUGACAAGCACGUGCUCUACAACACGAACUCAUGGGCAGAAAGGUCGUUUAAUAAGAUGCAGCUUAGUGCAGAUGUGUGUACCAUUUAACUUAAAAAAAGUAGAUGAGUGGAUUUUUUAAUGCAAAUGUGGCAAAAAUAAAAGAAAAUAAGUGCUUAGUUAUUUAUUAA